AUGACUGAUGAUGACUUAUUACAAAGGAUAUGGAAACUUACUAAUGAUUUAACUCUUCAACAACAAACUAAUCAAGACAUUGCUGCAGGGAUCAAGACUCAGUUUGAUAAUUUUAAGGAUCAAAAGAGCUCUGAUACUACUAAUGACGACAACGACAACGAAGACGACGAUGAUGAUCAAAAUUUUGCUGAACUUGUACCAGCUAAUCCUAUAAAUGAUGCUGACACCGAACUGGUCUCUUUAGUUUCAAAACAUACCAAACUAUUACAGGAACAUCAUCGAAUCAAAAACAGAAACCAAGAAUUGGAACGGGAAUGUGCAGAACUUCAAGAUUUAGUCCAUCAAUAUGAAUCAAGCUUAGAACUCGUUGCUGGGAAGCUGCGGACUUUUGCUAGCGGAUCUUCUGAAGGUCAAAUCCAACUACGAAGAGAAUAUGAAGCUUUACUAGAUGCAGAGAAGGAUACAACGACAGCUUUGUUUAUGGAAAAUACCAUUUUACAGGCACAAUUAGCAAAACUUUCUGGUGUGUUACGUUCGGUAGUGCAUGAACAAGAUUCUCUAGUCUCAUAUGAUAGUCAAAUCCAGCAACUAAAGACUGAAAAUCAAGGUUUACGUACUUUACUUGCUAUAUCGGAACAACAACAACAACAACAACCAUUGGUCACAUCACCAUCUUCUCAUCAAGCACAAUCAUCCUCUGGUUCAUCUCCUCUCUCAAAAAAAUCUGUUAUCUCUCUACAACCUGCCAAACCACCCAACAAGGUUAUACAAGAUUAUUUUGGUGAUAGUAGAUAG